AUGAUGCCAAAGUCACUGCGAACUCUGCCAGCCCUACCAACACAUCAACCAGCAGCAAAGAGAGCCAGAGGCAAGAGCUUUGUUGUUUUCUUCUUUUGUAGCUCAAUGCUCAAGUCUCGAUCUCAGGCGUCAUUCUGGUUGCCGGGUAAUAAGUUAUUUUUAACCGUGCAGUUAUUCACAGGAAGUCAGAUCAGGUUUGUAAGUGUGCAGCUGAGUGUGCCUGUACUGCUGGAGCAAGUUGUACGCUCACCAUGAGCUUGAAUGUUCAAUGUACAGCACACAGACAUGUAGCAGGUGCUUUAACAUCAGGUGGAGCUUUGACUUCUAUCAAGUAAAAAUCUGUAGGAAUCUUCAUGAUAGGUGGCACUAUUAUUAUGACUAAAAAAGGUAUGUAGAUCAGCUCAGACCAUCAGCAAACCUGUGAAAUUGAGUGGACUGUAGGUUGAGAAACUGGGAAAGAUUUGUUUAGGGAUGGAUCUUAAAGGGAUAUUCUGGCGUAAAAUUAAUUUAGGGUCAAUCACACCACAACACCGACUUAGACAUCCCGUCGAGAGAUGAAUGUUGCCGACCGCUUGCUUCUCUAGUUAUUCCAACCUAAGUAACGACCGCAGGAUAGCAAUAGACAGCGUUCUGAGGAGCCAUAAACAAACCUCAACCAAAACGCCACUCUAUAGCCACAAAUAACGAUCAGAACAGCACCUAACUUCAUCAACAGUACAUAUAGAGUCCUAGCCAUAGCAGCAGCAGUGGCGUUUUGGUUGAGGUUUGUUUAUGGCUCCUUAGACCGCUGUGUCUUGGGGUUGUUACUAAAGUUGGUAUAACUAGAGAAGCAAGCAAUCGGCAACAUCCAUCUCUUGAGGGGAUGUCUAACUCGUUGUUACGGUGUGUUUGCCCCUAAAUUAAUUUUACACCGGAGAAUCCCUUUAAUGAAUGAAAGGUCCAAAGUCGUGUCUCAUGGUAACUCCCAGUAAAAGUACAUAAAAUGUUUAUGAUGUAAACUUGAGUUCAGCGUUUCUCUCUCAGUGCAGACACACAGUUCAGAUUGUCUCUGAACGGCUCAGAGCUUCUCACAGACUCCGGACAGACUCUGUUGUCCUGUGGCGUUUCAUCUGGAGAUUUGAUCUGCGUCGACCUGCCUGAGUCUGCAGCUGCCAACCCCACCAACAACACAAACUCCCCAAAUGAUGCCAAAGUCACUGCGAACUCUGCCAGCCCUACCAACACAUCAACCAGCAGCAAAGAGAGCCAGAGGCAAGAGCUUUGUUGUUUUCUUCUUUUGUAGCUCAAUGCUCAAGUCUCGAUCUCAGGCGUCAUUCUGGUUGCCGGGUAAUAAGUUAUUAUUAACCGUGCAGUUAUUCACAGGAAGUCAGAUCAGGUUUGUAAGUGUGCAGCUGAGUGUGCCUGUACUGCUGGAGCAAGUUGUACGCUCACCAUGAGCUUGAAUGUUCAAUCUACAGCACACAGACAUGUAGCAGGUGCUUUAACAUCAGGUGGAGCUUUGACUUUAUCAAGUAAAAAUCUGUAGGAAUCUUCAUGAUAGGUGGCAACAUUAUUAUGACUAAAAAAGGUAUGUAGAUCAGCUCAGACCAUCAGCAAACCUGUGAAAUUGAGUGGACUGUAGGUUGAGAAACUGGGAAAGAUUUGUUUAGGGAUGGAUCUUAAAGGGAUAUUCUGGCGUAAAAUUAAUUUAGGGUCAAUCACACCACAACACCGACUUAGACAUCCCGUCGAGAGAUGAAUGUUGCCGACCACUUGCUUCUCUAGUUAUUCCAACUUAAGUAACGACCGCAGGAUAGCAAUACACAGCGUUCUGAGGAGCCAUAAACAAACCUCAACCAAAACGCCACUCUAUAGCCACAAAUAAUGCUCAGAACAGCACCUAACUUCAUCAACAGAACAUAUAGGGUCCCAGCCAUAGUACUAGCCACCAAACAUCUUUUUAACUUUGCCUAAUUUCUUUAGCAAAGAGACUAAACACAACUUAUCUACUCUCUUCCUGCAGCUGCUUGUUUGUAGCAGACCUCUGGCCAGUCCAUUAUGGCAUACAGCGAGGUGCCGCAGCUCAAGGAAGAACAUUUAUGAUCAUCGGUCGUUACUAAAGUUGGUAUAAAUAGAGAAGCAAGCAGUCAGGGACAUUCAUCUCUCGAGGGGGUGUCCAACUUGGUGUUAUGGUGUGUUUGACCCUAAAUUAAUUUUAAGCCAGAAUAUCCCUUUAAUCAUGUAUAUGACAUAUCAAAAUGGCUGACUUCCUGUUGGGUUUGCGAUGAGGGUGCAGGAUAAUUUUUUGUACGUCUAAGCAUGAUACACAUGCAUAGGAAAAAUCUAUCACGUAAGAUGGACCGUGUUUCAGGUCUGAAUAUUUGAAAAUUGGAAAUAAAUUUGUGAUCUGAUCACCCCAAACAGAUCUUCAUAACAGAUCAGAAUAACCCAUGAUGAAACUGUUUUCCCCUUUUUUACAGAAGCACCCGACAGACGGCAGCCACAACAUCUCCCAAGGUGAGUGGAAACAACCCAGACAGAAAUACUCAUUUCUUAUGACUUUUAAGUAUGUGGACAAGUCAAGUCGCCCCCUGCUGGACACUUUAGGGAAUGCAGGUUUAAAGCAUGUCCACACUGUUUUAAUUCUCAGUCUGUGAUAAUCAGCCCUGCAGCAGAAGCAGCCUCCCUGCAGCAUCCUCAGACUCUCAGAGACCUGAUGAGGUUUCCUCCUCUGAUCCUUCGUCCUCCAGCUGGGAACCGAUGCUGUGCAGCGAGGCAGAGGAGGGUCAGGCUCCGCUCUCACUGGAGCUCCUCUACCACUCGGCUCAAACUUCGAGUUCAAGUGACGCCGUCAUGGUGGCCGCACAUCAGCUGAUGUUAGAGACUGGGUUUGUUCCUCAGGUGAGAUGACAAAGUCUGUUAGUAAACGAUCAAUCUCUGAACCAAUCAGCUGCCCUCUGACACAGUGUCCUGAUGAUACCCGAUUGGUCAGUACUACUGUGUGUGUGUGUGUGUGUGUGUUUCAGGGCUGUGAGCUGCAGUCAGGUGAGAUGCCUGCAGGUUGGAGGUCAGCAGGUGGAGUGUACAGACUGCAGUACUCUCACCCUCUGUGUGAGAACAUUCUGGUCUCUGUGGUGGCGCUGUGUAUGGGCCCUGUGCUCGCCAUCAACGGUGAGUUCAGCUGAUUUUUAAAAAACGCUCAGUCACAUGAUCCUCAGUUUAUGAAAUGAUCACUAAAAGACUUUCACUUUUUGCUCAUUUUAAAUCUGAAUAAUCAGCCUGUUUGUUUUUCCUGCAGCGACUCUGAAGGUGAACGAAUCCAUCGACACGAUCCCCAAACUGACCCUGAAUCCCCGCAGCUACGUGACCACCCAGUGCCCAGGUACAGCUCUGAUUGGUCGGUUUAACCCUGUUUAAUUUCAGCCUCGGAGCCUCUGCUGUUUAAUGAGGUAAUAAUAAAAUAAUCUGACGUCUGUUUGUUCAGGAGAAAGUGCAGCUGCUGCUUUUAAAGAUCUGAAGAAACUGUCCCGUGUCUUCAAAGACCAGCUGGCGUACCCGCUGAUCGCUGCGGCCAGAGCAGGUACACACACACACACACACACACAUUAACACAGAGAUGAUUGGUUAUAAUAUGUUAUAAUCACAUAAGUAGGGCAGUGUCUUUUCUACAUUGAGCUGCUCUCGUGUUUUUCCAGCGAUGUCUCUGCCCGUGGCGUUCGGUCUGGCGGCUCUUCCUCCGGAGCUCCUCCUCAGAGUCCUCAGGCUGCUGGACGUCGUCUCUGUGGUCAGAUUGUCUUCAGUCUGCAGACACUUUCACAUCGCCACAGCAGACUCUGUGCUGUGGAGACACCUGUACCAAAGAGACUUCACAGGUGAGAGAGACAACCUGUCUGUGCUCAGAGUCGUUUUCACCGACAGAGACAAACAUGAACCUCUGAGUUUGUGUCCUCGUUUGUAUUUGUGGAUCAUUUUGAUAUUUUGUGAGUAAACUGUGGUGUAUUUUGGUUUAGAUGAAAAUCCUGAUGAACCUGCAGACACAGACUGGAAAGAGGUGAGCAAACAUUUGUAAAUUAGAGUGUCUAUAAAAGCAGAGUUUGAUGUUUUGUGAAACAUUUGAAGACUUUUUAAAUAAGACAACAUAUCAAAUCAGAAUUUGUUGUUCUUAUUCAAAACAUGGACGCUACAUCUUCCAUCCUGAAAGCGAAACCAGAUAUAAAUCUGAUACAGAAACACCAGAGACUAUUGUGGACCUGAACCCGUUGCUCAUAUACUGACAUUUCCUGUCACCAUUUCUGUCCUCAGCUCUAUAAACGCUUUCAUGAACGCCGCCGUUGCUUCCUCGCCUCUAGCUCCUUCUUCAAUGUGCACUUCCUCCUCCCGCCCCCCAUCCCUGUCGCCUCCCCGCUGCCCAGCAUCACCGGAAGGGAGUACAACCAGAGGUCUGACCCCCUCCCUCGGCCUCGCUUCAAUCCCUCUGGCCCGCUCUGA